GAAACCUUCUGGAGACGAUCGAAAAUCCAGUCGAAGAGCCUUGCCUGACCGAACUUCGUCCAUUACCACACCAAUUCUUCCAGGCUAGACGCAGACGCAGACCUACCGGUAUCCCCAAUCUCUCCCCUCUGUUUGGCCGUAAAGCAGCUCAUCAAUAUGAACGUGAGUUGCAACGCUCUAAGGCGCGGAUGGAUGGGAAGUGCGUUCCCAAACUACCCGCAACAAACUAGCGAAUGAGUUGACAAUUGACCAAAAUUCCUUUCCAGGUGUCUGCCUGAAGACCUCGGCGGCCACUCAAUGCAUUCUCGAGGCUCCCCAAAUAGCCGCUGCCAUCCCUUGUCGACUAUAUAGUUCCGCGGAGCCCCAGCCUAACCCCACUACCCCCCCUCUAGCUGUCAAUCCUCCAGCAGCCAAGCCCCCUGAAGGCUCCCGGUAUCCCAUUGAAGCGCAAGGAGAGUUCCCACGGAAGGAGUGGUGGGACAUCGCUGCUGGAGUUGUCGUAUCACGGCCGCCUUUGCUCACCAGAGAUCUUCCCGAGUUCGAGCAAUCCUUCUACUUCUAUCAACGACGGUUGAAUGAUCGCCUACAACUCCCAUUUGCCCGUUGGUUUUAUUUCAAGAAGGGGACCAUAGCUGAAGAUGAAUGGAAGCGGAAACAGGCCGCUGAAGAGCGCUAUCAACCCUAUGGACCGCGUGCAUGGGCUGAUGAGCUGCUGAAGGAUAGCACCCAGCAUAAGUCUGAUCCCCUGAAAGAUUACGAGCAUCUUGUCGCAACCACGGUUACCGGAGAAGAGGAAACGAUGUCGAUUAUGCAGGCCAGGCAGGAGUCCGCGAAGGAAGCCGAGGCUCGGGGAGAGGAAGUCGAAUACCCGUCAGAAAUCGUUGAGAAGCCGUUUCCCCGUAUAACACAAGCGGAUAUCGAAAACAACACGAAAAGACUAGAUAGGAAGAUGGGUCGAACAUUGUACUUGGUAGUCAAGAAGAAGCGUGACAUACACGCUUGGAGGUUUCCACAAAGUAGACUGGGCGGUAAAUGGGAGAAUCUACGUUGGGUUUGUCCGCCAGUCUCAAUCACCCGAUUGCUCUGCUAACAUCCAUUUCAAUAAUAGGGCGCUCAACGCACGCUUCUUGAAGCAGCCGGUCAGAAUAUGAAUACAUGGUUCGUCGGCAGCGCUCCCAUAGGCCUCUACAAGUACAAGUACCCCCCCGGCCAUGCACAAAACCAAACGGGCAAGAAAGUUUUCUUCAUGAAGGCAAGGAUCUUGGCUGGCCAAGCAGAUCUCACGAACAACAAGCAAGAUCUCGAGGAUUUCCAGUGGCUGACAAAAGAUGAGCUAAAAGAAGUGGUGGGUAACAAGUAUUAUAAGGCGGUACAACACAUGCUCGUUGCACAGUAAUAUCGAUUCGUUUGCCCUCCAAUUGGUGCAGGGGAGUGAAGGGUUUGCAUGUUUGUAAAAGCGCACGCUCAAUAAUCUGUGCUGUCUAGUUAUUCGCACAGAUAGCACAGCAUUUCAAUUUACUGCACACAAUUCGCCCCAU